GUUUUCCCGUGCUUUGCAUCAUCACCAGGCUAGAUUCGAUGAUCCACCGUAAGCGGCGAUAUAAUAGCGCACAGUCGGGACGAAGUGCUCAUACAUGAGGAAUGACGAAAUCAGGAAGGAUGUAACUAGCAGACUUCUUUUGUGAAUGAGAAGAUCUUGCCCCUCAGCCUAGGCUUUCACGCCGAUAGGAACGAGAGCGGCUUAAUUCAGCAUCUGGUGAAGCACCUGUGGAAAAGGCAAAAAAUUACGCGUCACAGCGUUCAUCGGCACUAACGUUACGAUGUCGAUGCAAAAACUGACAGAAAGGCUUGACCAGGUGAAGAGAAUAUUCACGACUUCAUACUACCAUGGUCCUGGAGGCUGGCCUCAGCUGGUGGAAGACCUGAUAACCGAUGUUGAUUGUGUAGUCGUGUUCUUCUGUGUGACCUGCACAAUCUGUGCUGUGGCCUCUCUCGUCCUAUACCAAAUGAUGCGAUUAUGGACCGAGGAGUUCGGCCCGGUAGAGCCGUCAAGGGGGGUAGGAAAGUAUCGUGGUAAAGUUGCCCAAGUCGAUUGCGGGGGCCAGGAGACUCGCACAAAGGUUGUGCAAGAUUUGAAGCACCGAUUGCGUAUGUGACGGCUGUCCACUUUCCGAUGGUCGCGGAAGCCAUAGUAUACAACUUAAUGAACUUACAGCGAACUAAUAAAUACGAGAAAAUUAUACGUACAAUUAGA